AUGAGUGCUGACGAUAUGAAUGAAACGUUCAUGAUUCGAUCAUCGACACCUGAAGCGGUAAGUGAUGAUAAUGACAUAACAAUCGAGAAAGUUCAAACAAAAUUAACACAAGUUCAAUUAAAAACAACAUUAAGUGAUGAACCCAGUCAACACAAUCAAACACAACGACAUCAAACACCACCUAUGGAACUUAUUAGUUUACCAAAAACUCAGGAUAAUAUUGUGUUUCCAAAUGUUAUUGAUCUUAAUGUUGGAGGUUGUCGUUAUACAACAAGUUUAUCAACAUUAAGAAAAUAUGAAGAUUCAUUAUUGGCAGUUAUGUUUAGUGGAAGAUAUGAUCUUAUAAAAGAUGAACAUGGAAAUAUUUUUAUUGAUCGUGAUGGAACUCAUUUUGGUCAUAUUUUAAAUUAUAUCCGUUGUGAUCAAAUGCCACCAGAAUCGAUUGCAUUGAAUGUUUUACGUGAAGCUGAACUUUUUUGUAUUAAUUCAUUAAUUGGUAAAUUAGAAAGUUCAAGUCCACGUGUUAUAUCUUUACGUCGACGAGAAUCAUUUCGUCGUCUUAUACCUGAUUAUGAACACAUGAAAAAGGAUAUUAUAAAUCGAUCAGCUGAAAAACGUUCUUCAUUCCAUGAAUCACGUGUUGUUAUAACACAACUUGACCAUUCGAAAUUAAAAGGCACAAUACCAUGUUAUAAUUGUAGCCGUGAAUUUGUUACAGUUAAUCAUGCUUGUGCUUUCGAUGGGCUUACAGCUGAUUUAGAAAUUCAACAACAACUUAAACCUAUUCAAACAGAUAUACAUAUUGAUAUGGAUAAACUUGUUGCAUUUGUUGUUGAUGAACUUGUUCAUGAUGGUUUUAAAGCUUCAGUUGAACGUAUAACAUGUCGUUUUAGUGUUCGUUGUCAAAGUUGUACUCUUAGUGGUUUAUAUACAGCAGGUGGAAUUUUAGCACCAAGAGAAUGUCAGAAUGUUGCUCAUGUCAUCAAAUUUAUCUGGUCAUAA